GGCUUCAUUCCGAAGUGUCAAUUAACAUGAUUAAGAUAAAUGUUUGGUAUAUCUACUGUGCUGUACAUUUAUAGUUAUGCAUGUAGAAUAUAUUUCGGAUAGAAGUUAUUAAGGUCCUAAAUUCUAAAUUAAAUUUUACUGAAGGGAAGUUUAAUCUGUCCAAGUCAGACCUGCAAAGUAGAUGAUGUGUCGCCAUUCUGUUUGGGGCCAACACACUGAAUUUAAACAAACAUUUUACUUGUUUAAAUAAUGCAAAUGAAUCAUUCCUGUUGUUAUUCAAAUUCCCUCACUGAGCCUCGGACGAUUCGCUUGUAAUUAGAGUUACUUCCCCUACACGGUUGCUGAAGCUGAUCGAUAGUGGUUGAUGAUGCUGCGCCAAAAUAACCGUCUUCCCCGAGACCAGACAGAAAACAUGCCCAGAGAUGAUGAGUAUCCUUGAGGUAACUGACCAGCUGUGCCCAGACCAGCUACUGGUGCUGACUGCCGAUGUAAUCAGGGAAGGUGUCUUAAAGUACCCUGCCUUGUACCAUCAUGUUGUGGAUGCUUUGUGUCUUCAACCCAAAUCUCACAAGGAGGCUACGCAAAUCAUCUACAUACUCCGUAACUAUGGAUACAACAUAAAUCACAUCAAUAAGAGCGGUACAACCCCGUUACUACAGUACAUCCUGUCAUGUGACUUGGUGGAGGACGAUGUGGUAGAAGCCAUGCUGAGAUGUAAUGCUGAUGUCUUCAUUAAAAACGAGAACAAUACAUGUGCUUAUGAAGAAGCCCGGAAGUCUCACAUUGGCCGGUCAAUCAAGACACUGUUUGCGAGGUAUAUGCCUGGAAUUUGGAGGGCAGUUGCAGCUGAUGAGGUUCACCAAGUGCGUUUCUUAGUCAACCAGUGGUGCCGUGUGGAUGUCGAACAGGAAGGGAAAAGUUUACUACACCUUACAUUUGAUGUAGGAACAGAGAACGUCAUAGGAAUUAUCAGUGGAAUCCACACCUCUAUGGCUCUAGCUCAUGGGGUACUCGCUGGGGAUGUGAAAUAUGUGGAGGAUUUGUUGAGAAAAAAAGGCAACAUCAAUGUGAACUUGAAAAACCUGGGUGAUGGAGGAACAACCCCACUGUACUAUGCUGCUCUUCAAAACAACACAGAGAUCAUCAAAUUGCUCUUAUCAAUGGGAGCUCGAGUACACUGCACCAUGACAACGAAAGACAAGACAGACCUGCCCCUGUUGUUUGCUUUGAUGUUGGAAUACCCAAAAGUCCAUGCAUCCACACUCCAGCUACUGAUUCCACAGACACCUGUCCAUGUGGAGACUCUCUAUUACAAGGGUAAAAACAUUCUCUUCCACUGUGUAGACUGUGAUGUAGAUUCCUCUGUGGUGACGGCAAUUUUGGAAGUGUCAUCCGCAACCAUGGUUACAGCUAGAGAGGAGAGUGGGCUAACAGCUCGAGAGUAUGCAGAAAAAGAAGGUUGUGAUGCUGUUAUAGAAGUCAUUGACAAGUUUGUGUAUAAAUGGUGGACAGACAAGGCAAAUGACAAAAACAGAAAAGUAUUGGCUCUUCACAGUUACCAUCCCAUCCCAGCAGACAGUAAGGUCCUAUGUCUGGGCGACAUUGGUAACCAUGACAACCAUGAGUGUGAUGCCAGUGGAGAAAUGCUGUCUGAAUCCCUCACUCAGUACCAGCAACACAUCUAUAAAUUCCACCAAGCUCUAGAAAUGGAGGAUGAGGAACAAGUACAGGCGGGUAUCACCUACUUUGGUUGUGAUAAUUUCCAAGAGUUUAUGUGUGACAGUCGCCUACAGGGAGAAGGCCAGCCAGCACUACACAAAGUCGUACUGAGAAGGAAUGUUGAGCUCACACACUUGCUAGCAGAAACUCUUGUUUAUAAGCAGGGCUGUCGUCUGGACUCUCUUAGGGACCAGUUUUUCAGGACAGCCCUACAUUAUGCCUAUGCACUUGAUGACAAUAAAGCAAUAGUGGACAUCCUGGUGGACCACGGAGCCUCGGACUUCACCAUGGACAAGGAUGGCCGCUCACCUUUAGCCUUCAAGGAUCGUCGUGAGUUAGCGGAGAUGAAGGAGCUGCUACAUUAUCAGCUAAUCCAGGAUUUCCACCAGCCUGAGCCAGACCCUUGGACAUCUCCCCUACCCAUCCCCAUGGUUGGGUACAUGAAGAACUGUGGUCAUGCCCACCAUUUACCUAAAAACAUUAAGCUGAACCAAUCAGAUAGCCUCCGACAGAUAUCUAGUAUGAUCCCAGAAAAAAGCAUUGAUCAAAGCAGGAAAAUGUUUUCAAUCAAAGACAGAGGUCAAGCAGAUUAUAACUUGGUCUCGCAGCGAAAAUCUACAACUAAGUCUCAAACUGGCAAAUUUACAAACAUUUCUACAAUUCCUGAAAACAAAUUUGAUUUAUCUGAAAAUCCUAGUAACAUGACAUUUUCCGACUUUGAUUCAAAGUGUUAUGAUGAUAGUGACUACGACGUUGAACCAGAUAGAUGUGAGUAUGAUGAAGUGGAAACUAGAUAUCUGAUAGACGACGAUGAUGUAGAUGUGUCAUCAGAUGAUGAGUUUUUGGAUGAUGAAGAGGAGUUAGUAGAGGAGGAGUCUAGAAGACAGGGACAUAUAUGCAUAAUACUGUAAUAAAUGCUUAGAUAUUUUGUGAUCAAAUGCAGAGCUGAAUCCGUCCAUCAAUUUGUCAAAAAUACUCUUGUCAAAUUUUUCUGAAGUUGGCACAAUACCAAAUGAACAAAUUUAUUUCCAAUGUUAACGCAUAGUUAAGAUCUGUUCAGCUCAAAUAGAAUCAAAUUGAGAAAACUUGGAGGCAAGUUGAGUGGGGUUAAAAUUGGUAACAUAGCCAGAAUUUUGCUCAAACAGGGACACAACGGCCAGAGAAGUGCCAAACACAAAGGAAUUAAAUUCUUGUUUGAAAUUUAAAUAUAUUUCACCCAUAAAUACCUAAUAUGAAUGUGAUGGACACAAUACUUGUUCUACUAUGUAGGAGUGUAAAUAUCGACAUUUUGUAGGUUCCAUGAGACUAAACUCACCCUGGCCAGAUGCUACACUCUACAGUAUAUCUAUCAUAGUAAUACCGAAAUCUGUUUAUGUGGCUCGCUACUUUGUUAACUGUGAUAGACCUUCAGGUGUUAAUACAGACCUUGAAAUUCUUAGCCAAGUCACAAGGAAGCAACACCAGAUCACUUCUUCCAUCUUUGGUUUAUUUUGUUAAAUUCAAAUUGUAAACCUGUGUACAGUGGUUGCCCUACACAAUCAACAGAGGAUUGAGGUGUUUUGAUAGAGCUACAUUAUGAGACCUGAUAAUAUGUUUGUGAUUUCUGUAAUAUUUUUAUCUUAUCUUCAACGUAUUUCACUACAAAAUGAUUUUUUUUCUGAACAUUGUAAUAUUCAUUUCCUUAAAACUUUUUUUACGAUAGUUUAAUUUAUACUAAAAAUCUUCUCUUUUUUUGUAUAGUUUCAUUUAAACACUUGAAAUGUUAAUUUUUGUUUUAUAGAUUUAGAGUAGAAUUCAGAAUUACAUGUAUUUGAAUAUCUAAUUUGAUAUAAUUAUCAUAAAAUCUGCAUUUCAGAAUUAUUUUUGUGUUCUCAGUGUAUUGAUUAUCAAUAUGAUGAAUUACGUUCACAACACUUGUUAAUUUGACCAUUAGUAUGAUAGAGAGAGAGGUGUCUUCCUGUGUUUUUUCACUGUUAUGAAAUUAACAGUAAUAUGUCAAUGUGAUGAUUCAAAUGUAUGGCCAUGUGAUGAUUCAAAUGUAUGGCCAUUUCAGUUGUAUAGUCCAAUAGCUAGCUUUUGUGGCUGUGUGGGUUAGUGUCUGUACUGAAGUUACCAGGGAAGCAAUGCUGAGUGAGGUAAGCACUUGGAUCGAUGACUGCUCUGUUGUACCCCUGUGCACGAUACAAAGGAAUGCUGAGUAGAAUAUUUGAGAGCUAUCUUAUUGUAUUAUAAUCAAACUCUUACUCCAAGGUGAGCUUAUGCUAUACCGUGGCGUCCGUCGUCUGUCCGUCAACAAUUGACUUCUUCAUAACCACAGAUCGGAAUUUGACCAAAUGUGGGCAAAAGCAU